AUGGGUGUUGAUUCCUCUCCUUCUCCUGCCUGGAACGAUAAUUUCACCAGCAACAUAACAAGAGGUUUAUAUCUCUCUACUUCUCCUAGCGAUACUAGUUAUUGGCUUUCUCCUUCAGGUAAUAUUGCUUUUGGUUUCUACAAGUUACCAUGUAGUGUACAGCAUUCUUCUUCGUCUAACUGUGAUCGAUAUGUCGUUGGUAUAUGGUUUGUUAAAUCGGCACUAAAAACCCUAGUUUGGACUGCGAAUCGAAACCAUCUUCCAUUACCAAAACCAUCUUCGAUUCUCUUCACCAACCAAGGCAAGUUAGUCCUACAGGUAACCCAAGACAAUAAAGAAGAACCCUUAAUACCCGACUUACAGGAACCAAUAUCCUACGCAAAGAUCCAUGACAAUGGCAACUUUGUAUUAUAUGGUUCGAAUUCUCAAAUAAUUUGGGAGAGUUUUGAUUAUCCUACUAAUACUAUUCUCGGCGGUCAAAAGUUAAAAGCCGGAGUUGAUUUGGUUUCCCGCGUUUCUGAUAUGUUUAAUCCCGGUUCCGGUGAGUACAAAUUAUCAAUUAGACAGACUGACGGUUUAGUGGCUGUACACAAAUUCAGUGAUGAUGGGACAUAUACGCAUGUGGUAUCAAAAGGGUUUAAAGGUUCAAUAAUGAAUCCAGUAACCCUAAAUUUAGACAAAAAUACUGGUAACCUGUUUCUUGUCAGUUCUGAUGAUGUAGUGCUCGGAAAGUUGUAUGAAGACACAACUCAACAGCCAACACAAGAAGAACAAAAAGGGAUGAAUAAGGUUUUUAUAUACAGAGCAACCCUAGAUUCGAAAGGGGAUUUUAAUUUAUUCAAGGAAAGGAUUGAUGGAAAUGUUAGUGCGACAAAUGAUAAAUCUUUUAAUCUUGUACCACUAUGGUCGUCGUCUCAUGAUAAAUGGACUAUUGGUGACUAUAUAUUAUUUUGGUUACCUUGUUCCGCAAGUGCAUGUUUUGCUGGUGCGAUCUGUUACCUAUGGUGGGAUCGAAAGAAAAAGAGCAUAAUUGGAAAUUGGAAAAGCUCACAAGGAGAUUUGGAAUUGGGAAAAUAA